AUGCGUGCUGCGCUGGUCGUCUCCUGGGCACUCGCCUCGGCGACCCGUCCGCUCGUCCGCAUCCCACUCGUGAACCUGGACCAGCUUCAAUUCUACGGCAGCAUCCACAUUGGGUCGCCGCCCCAGACCUUCCGCGUCAUCUUCGACACGGGCUCGAGCGACGUGUGGGUCCCCAGCCAAGACUGCACCGCGUGUUCGGGCUCUGCUCGCUACAACCGAUCGGCGUCGUCCCCCUUUGCCGACGAGAGGUAUCAUUUCCAAGCCUUUUAUGGCAGCGGUGCCGUCGCGGGCGAUGUCUUCUCGGACACCGUCGCCUUGCCCGGCGCGUCGCAUGCGCCUCUGCUGCGCAUGGGCAGCGUCACGACGCAAGACGCCCCUAUUCAAAAGUUUGCAUCCGAAGGCAUUGUCGGUCUCGGGUUUCCCCCACUCGCUUCGAUUUCGGCGCCAACGUUCUUGGAAGCGCUCGAGAUUGAGAUCUUCUCGCUCUACAUUAGCCCCCUCCCGACCUCUCUGAUCCCGUCGCAGCUGCUGUUGCAUGGUGUCGACGACGCCCUCGCCGGGCCCAACGCGACGUGGCACGAGAUUCCGCUGGCCGACGCGCCGUCGACAGAUGGUUUUUGGGGCGUCCGAUUAGGCGGCAUCCGCGUGCACGACGUUUCUCUUCAACGCGCCGCCACCGUGGCGAUCCUCGACUCUGGCACGUCGCUACUGCUGCUCCCGCACAUAGAGUACGCGUCCAUGGUCGCUCGCCUCUGUGCAGUCGUCCCAGCCCUCGACGGCUGCGACGUCGGUCACGUGUCUUGCUCGUCGUGUGACCACACGUCGUUUCCGCCGCUUACGUUCACCCUCGGCAGCACGGCUUUUACACUCCAAGGCUCCGACUACGUUCGCUGCGAGCUCAACGUGUGCACACCGCAGAUCGAGACGAGCGCCAACGCGUUCGUCGUCCUCGGCGAUAUUCUUUUUUCGGGUACGUUGAUCGACAAGGUCUAA